AGCCUCAAGUGCACACCAUUACUGUCCAGACCGAACACCAUCGAUCCCUCCAUCCAGGAGCUUGUAGGGAGUUGCCUGAAAUUACAGCGCUGUAGUUCCUGCCCUGUUCCCGUCAUGCUGCUGCUGCUCGCGCUCAUGUAAAUUGUACAUUGAUUUCACAGCCAGCCUGCCUUUCUUAAGGAAUUAAGCGGUUCGAGCUGCUCCGACAUUGAUUCAGAGUCAGAUCACAAUUUAUUAUUGCUGUCAACAACAAGAUUUCUCAAGGAGACAACUUCUGGAUGUGGAUCUGGAUGUAUAGUGUCCUACACUGUGAUGGAUUACAGACGCACAGACGCUAACCUGACUUUCCCUGCAGAAGUGUCACCGUAAACCAGACCACGUCCGCAGAAUGCUGAGUCCUAUUGUUCCAUAUAGUCUGUUGAAGAUGCACUGGAACCCGGAGCAUGCCCAGCCCCUGAGCCAGUGGCCCGAGCAGCAUUUGGAUGUAUCUUCCACCACCUCCUCACCCGCCCACAAACCAGAGCUGUAUUCAGCACGAGGCCGUGGCUCCUACAGCUACGCCUGGGCCAAUGAUGACAUCUCAGCCCUCACUGCCUCCAACCUGCUGAAGCGCUAUGCUGAAAAAUACUCGGGUGUGCUGGAAUCAGCCUAUGAGCGCCCUGCUGUGGGUGCCUACCCUGAGCCUGGCGCCUUUGGAGCUCUCAAUGGCAGCCAGAAGAGUGAACUGGAGCCCUGGUCCCUCUCUCACAGCACUGAUUCAACUUAUCCUUUGGUUCCUGCAUCUACCCACGAUGGUCUGAAAGUGACACCAGCACCCACAAUGCCACCUGGAUCAGGCAGUGUCUCUGCAGGCAGCAGCAAUCUGUCAGACUCAGGCUACAGUGGGAGCAGUUCAUGCAGUGGUCCUCAUUCCAGUGACUACCCACCUAGCUACAAUGGUACCUACCUCUCAUCAGGAUACUGUCCACAAGGCAGCUCAGCACUUCCCCCAGCACCACUUCAUGCCCUGCAGUCUGGCCCCACCCUCUUGCCCAGCUACACACCCUCUACUCCAGUCUAUAACUAUCCUCCUGCCUCCUACCCUCACCAGACCAGCCUUGCACCCACUUACAGCCACCCGACUCCCCCUUACCUUCCCUCUGGUAUCGCUGCUCCAACUCCCAUCACUUCACGGCCAACAGUGUUAGGAGGCAGCUACAGUUACCAGAACAGUAGCCUGGGCAGCUCAGAGACUGCAGGUUCACUGAAGAGGAAGGCAUUUGAAAUGACUCCUGAAGAGGAAGAGGAGGAUGGGAGAUCACGCUAUAGGAAAUAUAGCUAUGAAGCCUUAAAGUCUGGUGGGGACUCACCAUAUAGUGUAGGUGACAAAGCAGAAUGCAGAGGAAAUGGUUUUGUAACUACCAAUGCGGACCCACAGGUAUUCAAGCCCAGCAAACCUGGAUCACAGCCAGGCAUUGCAGGUGAUGAGGUGGGCAAAUACAGUGGCCUGAAACCCCUGCUUUCGCCAGCAUAUGGAACAGCUGGUGAAUACAGCCCCCCAACAGCCAUGACAGGAGAGAACGGAGGAGCUGAGCAUGGCUUUCCACAGCAACAGCGCUCACUCAAACACCCUGAGCCACUUAAGAGUACAGAGCAGCGCCUGCUGGAGGUAGUAAACAAUGAGCUACAGGACUGCACACUGCCUCCACUGUGGUCAGAUCUAGUUGGUCAUGCUCGUAUAAAAGCAGUUCUAGAAGAGGAGCUGCUGUGGCCAGCACUGCGUUCAGACAGUUCUGUUCGGCCUCCCCGAACUGUGCUACUGUUUGGUCCACGAGGGGGGGGCAAAACCACACUGGUGCACUCCAUGGCCACACAGCUUGGGGCCACUUUCUUCAGGCUGAGUGGCACCACUUUGCUAACCAAGUGGAAAGCUGAGGCUGAGCAGCUUCUGGGCAUGCUGUUCUCAGUGGCUGCAGCGCGCCAGCCAGCAGUGGUGCUGCUGAGUGAGUUAGAGGCCUUCGAGGAUGACAAGGGUCUCAGACAGCAGCUGCAGGCACAGUUGGAGAAGGUACAGCGUGGCAUGGUGAUGGUGGUGUGUUCCACGCGCCAUCCAGAGCUUCUGAAAGAGCCACUGCUGCACUGCAUGGCCAAGCGCUACCAUGUCAGCCUACCAGACGGAAGUGGGCGCAGGCAGCUGCUCCUGCAAGCUCUUGGGCCUCAUGGCUGCAGUCUGAGUGAACAGGAGUUGGCUGCUGUCCUGCAGCGCUGCGAUGGAUUCUCUGCACGUGAGCUGCUGCAGCUCAGUCAGCAGGCCCUUGCUUCAGCAUCAGCUUCAGGCACUGGUCAGAUGCACAGCCUUGGUGUGCCCCUCUCCUCGCCAGCCUUCAAAGACUUUGAGAGUGCUUUCUGUAAGGUGCGACCGCAUGGGGCUCCCAAAGAACUGGACACUUGUAUGGAAUGGAGCAAGGUGUACAGCCACUAAGGGACAGUUCAGCCACUGGAAUCGGGACUGCUUAUCUUUGUGCAGAGGUAGAAAGCCUCAUGGAUACCUUUUUCCUUUUCUUAUUUGUUUUCUUUUUGUAGCUACAUACAUUGCAGCCAAAAAGGGGGGUUAUUUGGGGAGAUUACAUUUUACGGUGAAAAGGCAUUUUAGAAUGAACACUUUCUUGUCUUGGAAACAUGCCAUGGUGUGCUGUUUUUCUAUAAAUAAACAUAUACUUUAUUUUUCUUCCCCAAAGAAAUUAAAUAUUAGGCAUUUAUCAGAGGGGGCAAUUGCUAGUUGUUUGCUAAUAGAAAACCUGAAACGUUUUCUGGAAUUUCACUAGAAUUCUGAUGAGCCUUGAUCCUGGAAUGAACCUGGAUUAUAUUAAUAAUGCCCAACAUUAACUGCAAUUCUCAGGAUCCUAUUUAUUGCCUGUCUGCUCCAAUGGCAUUAUAUUUUUUAUUAUUUUGAUUUAGUCCAAAUUGAUAUUUUGGUGUUAAAACGGCUUGGGAUGUAUUGGAGCAAAUAAAGCGUUUUUGACCAAAAAUGAUAGAAGAGCACCAUGUCGUUUUAAAUGAUACCUGCCCUAUUGACAGCAUUUUACCAAAAGGGAACCACCGUUAUGCAACCCGCUUAAAACCAACAAUAUUGUGCAAAAUUGUUAGACCAUGGUCAUGUUGUUUGCACUUUGUCAAAGCACGGUCUUUUCAUGAAAAGUGUAUGCAUCUCUACCCAAAUAGUAUUAAGACAUAGGAAGUAAGAGAGAAAGCGUGAGACUGGCCCUUACAGUCUGCACAAUCUGUACACUGUACAAACUAGACAAACAUGGAAUAUCCACAAUGUCCUAGGGCGUUAACCCAUAACCCCUAACUAUGAGUUCCUGCGUCCGUCUCACAUUCCUUACCCAGAUUUCUGAUUCAGUCUGAUGACAGUCUCUUUGGACCCUGGAAAUGCAAGAGCAAAAAAAAGUCUAAUAUUCUCUUCUGCUUACUAUUUUUUUUCUUAGAAUAUGUAGUCUUGUUUGAAAUACUCAGGAAGAAUUUCUUUACCUCAGAAAUGAUAACGAAUGUAUGUAACCUUAGGGUCUUAGUAGUGAAUAUUGAGGUGGUUCAGAGUUGUGUUUGUGUGUGUGAGAGAAAGAGAGAGAGAGAGAGAGAGAGAGAGAGAGAGAGAGAGAGAGAGAAAGAGGUCACAGAUCUAUACACACGCUUCAGCUGUGAUAUUACCUCAUAGGAGAAAACUUGAAAAUGCUACAAAGACUAACGUUGAAUGUAAUUCAGGUAUUUCAGGGGAUAUCUGAUGCCAUAAAAAUCCACAAUUUUUGUAAUUCUAUAUAUAUAUACAUAUUUCCUUCAUCCUUUCCAUUUAUUUUGGAUGUAGAUUUUGAUGGAGUGAUGAUUGUCUUCAUGAAACGUUCUUGUAGGUGGCAGGUCAGAUGCUCGAUUUUGUUGGACAAACUGUUUUGAUCAUUUUUUCAUAAAUCAUGCUGAAUUUGGUUUUAAUGGUGUUUUAGAGAUUUUAAAAUAGGCAUUAGACAUAACGCAUUAUAAUUCUUCAGAUUACAGAAACCAGCCCAAAGAUUAAUCAGAGCAGAUUUGUUUGCAACUGGCAGCUAAUCAUGUUUAAUAAUCGGUUGUGUCAUGCGGUUUCCGGUACACACACACUGCUGAUACACACUACAUGUAGACAAUCCAGAAGCUUCUACCAAUGUUAACGAUUUUGGCUUUCACUCCAAAUUCUCCAGAGUGCACCGAUGCCAUUGUUCUGCAAAAGUUACACAAAUCAUAUCCAAACAUAAUAAUCAUACAUAUAUUUACAAGUGAUUGUAUUGUAAGGGAUGGAUAGACCUUUGAGUUCAUUACUUCUUUCUCAUCCUCUUGUUGUUUUUUUUGUUUUUCUAUUUGGUCACCAUUCUCCUUGAACCCUACAGCACCGUUCAAGCUUUGCUGGUGGCUUCUGACACGACACAGAAUGCGGGUCAAUUGUGAUGAUCUUCUGCAUACACGUUGAUCCAGACUGACAUUAAAGUACAAAACCCAGCGUUCUUGCACUCUGACUACACGUGUUAUAGUGUAGACGCAAUACAGAGCACUGCCCUCUAUUAGUCGCAUAAUCUAAGAGACUAUGUUUUAUAUAAGACUCAUGAGAUUUUUAUCCCACUAAAUAUGAGCAUCCCAAUUUCCAAAGGUAUAUACAAGCAUGUUAUAGCAGUUUGUUCAACAAAACUGGCAUUUAUUAGCUGUUUUGAAUCUAUUAGUACAGUAACUUUGAUCUAGGUUCUUGUUCUUGUACAUUUUCUGUAACCAUUUCUACCUCAUUUUUUUUUU